AUGGCAACCGGAACAGCACUUGGUCUACUGCUCUUUUCUGGUGCUCGUUCAAAUACAAUUCUUGCCGUUACACCAUUCUUAGUGUUGGCCAUUGGUGUCGAUGAUGCAUAUCUGAUGAUAAACAGUUGGAAUGUCAAUUCGGCGCGACGACGAGGAAUGCGCAGUAAAGAACAACUCCGAGAACGUAUCGCCGAAGUAUGUGUGUUUCAUAAAUGA